UUGAAAGGGAAAAGAUAAGAACACAGCCUGCCCUCCUAGUUUGAAGGGGCGGGAAGGUGAGCAAGGGUGAAAGGGGAAGGAAGCAGAAACAGCACAUACAGCACAGAAGAGGGGAGACAGUCCAGGAAGGCAGGUUGUCCUUCCCUCAAACUUCAGAUUUAUCUUUCAUUACCUGGAUAUUUGCUUGGGUGAGGGAAAAAGCACACCAUGAUGGCGAACAAGGAAGUAACAUGGUUUAUACUCAGUGCAGGUGAGUAGUACUUUUUGCCUACCAGUGGCAUGCUAGUGCGAUGGACACGGAGAAGGGUGACUCUGUCAGUAGAUAUUUGGUGCCCAUGGAUAUUUCAUCGUACAAAUCUCAGGCCUUGCAGUCCAACAAAUUUAUAGUAGAUACCAAUCUGUUGUGCAGGGUCUAAGUGUCUCCCAUAAAGUCUUUCUGAUACUGGGAUACUGCACUGACCCUGUACUCAUACAAUUCUUUGUUGCUGUUGAGAAAAUGUUAUUCCCCCCCCCCAUUGGCACCCCUAUGUAUUUUGCCACAGCUGCGUAGAAUGUAGAUGAAGAAGCAGUGUUAUGGGUACCUUUGUGAUAUUUCCAGGGUUAAGCAGCACAGGACCUAGGACCAUACCAGUUUAUAAAUGCUGACUUUUUAAUGUUUCAUUUAAAUUAUUCCCUUAAUGUUGUGGGCUACCAGAAUGCAACAGCAGUGCCAGACUGUUCAUCUAGCAUUGGAUUAAAACAGAAACACAGAAGCAGGAAGGCUACCCUGGCACACUGCUCUGCCAAGAUUUUAAUUAUCCUAAGUUGUCUGCAGUGCAUUGACAUGAGGAAAGGAACAUUCUGAAAUGGUUUUCUUAAAUGAAUGAAGUCUCUCCACUUAGGUUAAGUGGAGAAAUCCUAAGCAUAUGAAGCUUCCUUAUACAGAGUGAGGACAUUGGUCCACCUAGCUCAGUAUUGUAUUGCUCUAAUUCAUAGUGGAUCCCUAAGACUUCAGAAUCCGUACACGAGAUCCUUUAUCCAGAGAUGCCAAACAUUGUUUCUCCAUUCCCUGCUCCCCAGUAGAAUAGAUUAAAAAGAAUCCACAGUAAUACAGGAUGCAAGCUCACACCUCUUUGUGUGGCUAUUUGUCACAAAAGUGAUCAGCAUUAAAAAGAGAGAGAAAAGAAUAAGUGAUGGAUGGGACAGUGUUGCAUACUCUCAUUUCAUUCAGGAUUAGAUACCUUGGCGGCACAUGGGCUAUGACCUGAACAGCACUUUUCUGUGCAAUCUGCUACUGAUAAGGCAGAAAAAUCCUUAUCUUGGGGAAAGGGGCAAUGGACUAGCUAGCAGCAAUGCAUGGGGCAUCUUUUCCUCCCAAAGAUCUUGGGAUAUGAUUAUACUGCCCCUGGUAGAAAAAUAUAUUUCUCAUGGCAGUGGGGUGGGAGUGAGGUCCUGCUACCAUCUCCUCCCAAAGUAGGAUUUUUGUUUUUUUGCUUUGUGGAUUGGUUCAGAUGGGUGGGGAGGGAAGGGGGCAGAACUAAGGCAGGUUAUAUGCUUGCGUUGAUUUUGCUCACAUUGAUUCAAACAGAGCGCUUGCAUAUUUGAGCACUCUUGCUUGAAAUGCUUGCCUCACCAUCCGUGGAUGAAGACAUACAGUACAAAAUAAGUUACAGAGAAACUGUGAUCAUUUAGAAUUCAACAGGUACACCUUUCAUAACAAAUGAACUCCAUGUUAACUGUGGGAUUUGUGCCUGCUGGGCGCCUUCUUAAGACACAAAGAGUGGAUUUACCUAGAAUGUAAGACAGAAGUAGAUCACGAACCCUUUAGUUAUGUGAUAAUUGGAGCAAACACCAUAACCUGAAUGUGAGAAACUUGUGAUAAUCAAGUGAUAAAACACCAUUUCCCCCCAAACUGAAUCACAUUUUCACUUUUUAAACAUUUUCUUUCUGUUCGAGUUUUAACAACUAGCUGAAGUAUUUCUCCUGUGUUCUGUUGUAACUUUUGAAAACUACUCAUUGAACUCUGAUACUAAAACUGUUGAACUGAUGAUUUGAAAGAGUCAAAUAGGUAGCUUACUGCAGCAGUUUGGAUGUUUGACACAGGGGCGAGCUGGCAUAAAUCCCCUGAAGCGCGCCAAGCGACCUUUGGCGAGCCAAGCCUUCUCAUCAUAACCUGCCUUAUAGUAUUGUUGAGGCAACAAAAUGGAGGGCAGGAAUUCACGUAUGCUGCUCUGAUCUCCUUGCAGGAAGGGCAGCAUAAAAAUGUCGUAAGCAAAUAGAGCAAAGUUCAUAUGCUUACACAGCAGCAACGUGACCCCAUCCACCCAGAAACUGUCCGUACCUGCUGCCUCUGCCUCUACAGACAUCCAUGCAAUAGCUUUCUGUGUAUGAUACAGGCUAUUCUCUGUGUGAUCAAGGGCCCUGCCUUUUGUAGCGUCCUCCGUUGUAAGUCCCAUGCCAAGGUUGGGGACCUAUUUUCAGCCAAAAUAUCACAGUUCCUUCUGGGCAGUCUUCCCAGAGCCACAGGCCAGUGGUGGGCAGAGGAAGGCCAAAGUGGGAAUGGCAGCAAAUGUGAAAGUUACCUUUGUACAGUAGGCUAGUUUCUAUGCCCAUUCCCACACCCCUGCUCUUGUUUAUCCAGGCAAACAAGAAUCAAUUGUCCCAGUUUCAGCCAGACGAAAGAACUCAAAGAAAGGUUGUGGUCUGAUGAAAGGGGAUGUGGCUGGGAAGGGGGGUAUGGUCUGGGGAGAAUCCCAAGGGCCAGAUAGAGAGCUGAUGGAGAGUGGGAGCAGAAAGAACACCCCUGAAUGGACAUGCCUCCCUGGAUUCCUGGCACACGGUUUCUGGCUGUCUAUUGACUCUCUCUUGAUGAUGGAUUUCCUUCUAGAAUUACAGGGAAAAAAUAUUUAAAUUAGUACAAAGUUUCUGUUUGAAGUUCUCACGAAAGACAUCCGUUUAUGACUGGUACACACUUCUAGCGCUCUCUCUCUUGUAUCAUCCUGCUGAUCCUCAAACGGAUAUGAGCAUGCUUCCACUUGCCCGAUCAUAGCCCCAAACUCGCAUUUUGUGCAAAGGUAUGUAACAAAGUUGUGAAGACCUUCUUCCGAAAGAAGAACAGCUCUGGGAGGAGAGGAUUUUGAAUAGAGAAACUGGAAGGGCAAGGAGAGUGGGUGACAUAUAGGGGAAACUAUAGCAGGCACACACAUUUCACAGGGCUCUCUGGAUGCUGCAGGUGAGGCUACUCUUGCUUUCUGGACCGCUUCUCACUGGGAAAACGAUCCAUACAAUCCUGCAGUAAACUCCACUCAUUUUUGGCUCUCACCACCUGCCUUUUGGCUCUUCCUACCUGCCACCAGCAUGUAGCGACCAAAAGAACAUCCCCAAGGGAAUGUGACCCUCAAUAGAAAAACAAAACAAAACCUGAAGCCCUGUUCUAGACAUAAUAGUUAUAAUAAUUUUUAUUUAUUGUAUCCCACCCAUCUGACAGGAUAAGGAAGUCUACGUGGGGAGGAUUUGUAGUAGAGAUAAAGCAGGCAGGGAAAGGGUUAAGCACCCCAUCUUUCCUGCUCUUCCCUCCCAAAAACUGUUUUUCUUUUAAAAAGAAUUAUAUUAGAGCUCCAUUACUUUUAUUUGUCCAUAAUGCCUUGAUAACUCAUCAUGCUAGCAAAAAAGCCUUUUUUCAGUCCUCUUCUUCCUGGGUAUCCCUAGAUCAGGCAUAGGCAAACUCCGGCCCUCCAGAUGUUUUGGCACUACAAUUCCCAUUGUCCCCAGCUAACAGGACCAGUGGUCAGGAGGGCCGGAGUUUGCCUAUGCCUGCCCUAGACCCAUCCAUGGGAAUUUAUAAAAUAAGCUUAAUAUUUUAAGCUUUUAAUUGUAUAGGGCACCCCCACCCCCCAUAUUUGUGGAAUUUUGUUAAAGUCCUGUAUCUGCAUUUGCUGGUCUUAAAACGAUUUGAUCAGUUUCCAAAACCAAUUUAUUUCAUAUUUUUAGCCUAUUUUAACUUGCUUGUUCAACGGAGGGUUUUUUAUUUUUUUAAAAAAAGCAUUGACAGUUAGCGAUGUGAUGAACAUCACAGGAAGAAAAGAGAAAGAAAUACAAUGGAUGCAGAAGGAAGCAUGCCAGGAUGGAACAAAACAGGGAGUUGUCAAAGCCCAGCGAAAAAUGCAGCGAUUAUGCUUUGUUCUUGAGGAUCUUCCCAUGUUGAAACUGGAUUACAAGCCAGUCAGGGAGUGUCCGCACAACAGAACAGAUAAAAGAAAAGGCACCUAGGAAAUUAACCCAUUGCCUGCCUGUUGCCAAGCAAACUAGAUAUAGAAAUCUGAUUAGGAAAGCGUUUCACAAAACACAGGGCAGCCCAGGCUUUCCAAAGCACCUCAUCAAAAGUUGCUUCUGGCAAUUACCUCAUCAACUAUGUCAAAUGCAUGACUUCAUUAAGGGCUGCCAACUUCACUGUUGCCACUCCAAACUGUUGAGUGCCCUUGUGAUGACUGCUUGGACUUAUUACUGCAAGACUCUGUGUAGGCUUUUGCUUCCUUGUUGUUCCUUCCAGUGUGGCCUUCUUCUUCUUCUUCUUCUUCUUCUUUUGCGAUCACUCACAGCUGAGUAAGAUUGUCUUCCAUAAACACAGUUUUAACAAUGAGUCCGUAAGUGACAGUGGAGGCCAAUUCUGGAUCCACACGUCCUUACACAGUGGGGACAUUGGUUCCCGGGUGGGAGUUGAUCAUGGUUUGGAUUUGCCAAGCGUGCCUUCCUCUUAGCAAGUUUCUCCCUUGCGUCCUGAGUUUGAGUGUCUUCAAAGUCCAUGACACCUUUGGUAAAGGCUGUUCUCCAACUGUAGCGCUUGCAGGCCAGUGUUUUCCUGUAUUUUUUUAGAUUUGCCUUGAGACAGUCUUUAAACCUCUUUUGUUGACCGCCAGCAUUACGCUUUCCAUUUUUAAGUUUGGAAUAGAGUAGUUGCUUUGGAAGACGAUAAUCAGGCAUCUGCACAACAUGACCAGCCCAACGAAGUUGAUGUUGAACUAUCAUUGCUUCAACACUGGUGAAUCAUCCAGUACAUGAUUAUUAGUUCGCCUGUCUUCCGAAGUGAUGUGUAAGGGCCUUCUCUGUAGUGGCACCCUGACUAGAAUAACCUCCCGCUAGAGCAGUGUUUCUCAACCUGUGGGUCCCCAGAUGUUGUUAGAUUACAACUCCCAUCAUUCCUAGCCAGCAUGACCAGUGGUCAGGGAUGAUGGGAGUUGUAGUCCAACAAUAUCUGGGGACCCACAGGUUGAGAACCACUGCGCUAGAGGCUCAAUGGACACAAAUUUAGUGUAGUUCCAAUGGAUGGUUAAAACACACUUGUUCUCUUAGGCUUUUGGAUAAAUUCAGGGCUUUUUUCAGCCAGAAUUUGACGGAACUGAGUUAUGGCUCCUCUUUGGUGGGCAUUGUUGCCAUUAUAAGAGAAAAAGGGAGGCAUUCAUGGUGAGUUUCAGCACCUCUUUUUCUAGAAAAAUAGCACUGGAUAAAUCUCACUGGGUGCCUCCAACGCCUGGUAUAUUCUGAAUUGCCCCUCUUUUUGCGGGCAAUGGUUUAAAUAUUACAUUGUGUUGUAUUAUCUGAUAUACUAUGUUGUUGUUUUUUUAAAAGAAUAUUGCAUUUUUGAAAGUUACAGAGAAAAUAAUAUAUUAAAAGUUACACCCAAAUACACAAAAAGAAAAGAAAAAAAGAGAAAAAAUAAAAGAAAAAAUACAAAUAAGAGAAAAAAGGGAAAAAAGAAUUAAAAAGAUACACACAAUUGUUCAAAGGAUACAAACUGUAAUUUGAAUAUUCUAUACAAAAGGCUCCCAGAAAGAAAUUGCAUUAAUAUUUCUUCUUUGCUUUCUUUCCUUACAAUCACUUUCUUUCUGUUCCAUUAAACUUGUUUGAAUCCCUGAUAAGUUAAUUGACUUCCCUCUAUCCCUUUGCAGCUUCAACACUUCUCAUUAGUUACCAAUAAUCUGUAUUCCUUUAUUUAAAUCAUUUCCCCCCCAUUAUUUCUGUGAAAUUAAUAUAAGCAAAACCAAGUAUUAUUUUUGGAACCAUAUUGUAAUGGGUUUAGGGGUUGCUCGUGCGUAAGUUGCCGCCACUCCUGGCUAGGUUACCUGGUUAACCCUUUCUGACUGAACAGCCUCCAGCAUCGUGACUGUCUCAGUCGCUGGCAGAAUCCGUCAGUGGGCGUUUCUUAAACCUUUUCCAGCAUAAAAGUUGUUUGACGCCAAGUCUCCUCCUACUCUCCCUGCGCGGAAGUCUUCUGCGCAGGGAGGGUGUGGGCAGCGGAGUACCCGUACUCUCUCCACUGGUCUCCAGCGAAGAGUCUUGGAGCCUCCUCCCCGAUUCCCCCACCUGCCCCCCUUCUCCACUGGUGUUACGCUGAUUUCCUUCCCCCGCAGAUGGGCUGCCUCUCUCCUACUGGGACCCUCUCCUGCAUCCCUUUGGAGCCUUCCCUCCGCCUCUAGCUCCGAUGGCAGUUCCCUGACAUCCACCUCCCCCCCAGGACCCCCUCCGCCCCCGGCCCACCUUCAGAUCCAACCUCGUCCCUUUCCUCGGCCGACGAUGCGGGGAAGCCCCUGAAGGAGCUGUCGCUCUCCUCUGAGGAUUCAAAACCCGCUUCCCACCUGCUCCGAUAUCUUGCCGCGGGGUGGGCCUCCCAGUCUGAUUCUUCUCCCUCUGACAUUUCCCCUCCUUCCUCUUCGGAGGCAGGAAAACCCACAAAUUCUUCCUCGUCGUAUGUGGUUCCAAAUUCUUCCUCCCAGAAUCUCGCUAGUGGUUUUGGUUUGUCUGGGAACAGGCUGUGGAAUUCUUCCACUAGAUACCCAUCAUUGACCGCCUCAGCGGGGACCCAAGUGUUUUCUGACUCGGGUUCUCCUUCCCAAGCCACUAAGUACUCCACCUGGCGCCCUCGCCACCUUGAAUCGAGUAUUUCCGUGGCUUGGUGGUGGAGUUCCCUCUCCUCUACCCGCGGGUGGGCGAUGACUCCUCCCUCCCGCCCCGGGAAUUCCCGCCCCUCCCUGUACGGUGAGAGUAGGGACCUAUGGAACACCGGAUGUAUCUUUAUGCUGUCAGGCAACUUGAGCUUGAAUGCCACAGGGUUCACCUGCUGGGGGAACCUGCUGUGUUACCUCAAAGGGUCCCAGCCGCCUUGGCUGCAACUUUUUGCACCCUCCCUUUAGGGGCAACCCUUGGGUUGACAACCACACUCGGUCUCCCACCCGUAUGGCAUCCCCCUCCCGACGGUGCUUGUCUGCCUGCCUCUUAUAAACUUCCUUGGCCCGCUCCAAGUUCAUCUUGAGUUGCUGGUGCAAUGCCUCCAUUUCUUCCACAAACUGCUCGGCCGCAGGUACACUCCACCCUUCCUCAUGCACCAGAUUAGAUGGGCACAGGAGUUCUCCAAGUUUUACUUCGAGAUCCGAUAUGUGCCGGGAGAGGAAAACGUAAGAGCAGAUGCUCUCUCCCGGAAGCCAGAGUACAUGGAAGGGGAGGGACCGCCGGUGCAUGAAUGCUUGAAAGCAGGCGGAGCCCGAUUGUAAUCCAAAUGGCAUGACCAAGUACUCAAAAUCCCCCAGGGGGGUGAACAUGGUGGUCUUCCAUUCGUCCCCCUCCCUUACCCUGAUCAAAUUGUACGCUCCCCUGAGGUCCAGCUUGGUGAAAAUUUCCCCCUGCCUCACCCGUGUUAAAAUGUCGUCAAUCCUGGGCAUUGGGAAGGUCACGGGUUCAGAUACCAGGGAAGGUAUCACCCCGGGAAGGCCCUGGGGUGACACCCAUAAUUGGCCAUGAACGGGCUCAUGCCCGUGGACACAUGUUCAGCGUUAUUGUACGCAAAUUCAGCCAGCGCUAGUUUCUCUACCCAAUCGUUCUGUCUCUCGCUGAGGUAGCAGCGUAGGUAUUGCUGGAGUAUACUGUUCGCUCUUUCUGCUUGCCCGUUGGUUUCCGGGUGUCGUGCCGUCGAGAAGCCCACCUCUACCUGCAGCAAGCUCAUGAGCUUCCUCCAGAAUCGUGAAGUAAAUUGUUUUCCGCGAUCUGAGACGACCCUCGAGGGCGCCACAUGCAACCUGAAGAUGUGAUCCACAAACAACUUGGCUGUCUCCUCUGCUGUCAUGGCAUGUGAGCAAGCUAUGAAAUGGCACAUUUUUGUCAGUAGAUCGACUACUACCAUGACUGCUGUCUUUCCCCUGGACUUGGGCAAAUCUGUCAUAAAAUCAAUGGACACCACCUCCCAGGGUCUUCCCAGCAUGGGUAAGGGUUCCAGUAGCCCUGCGGGGGCAGCCCUCUCCCCCUUUGCCCUUUGGCAGCGGUCGCACCCCCGUACAUAUUCCCGUACAUCCUCCCUCACCCUUGGCCACCAGAACUGCCUGGUGACGAGCAGCAUGGUUUUGUGCUGUCCAAAGUGCACAGCUGUGGGGUUGUUGUGGAGUUGUUUGAGUACCUUCCCCCUCAGGGUCUCCCCCGGUACAUACAGCGCCCCUUCCUUUUUCUCAAAACCCCCAUGGUUUUCUCUUCCGUCUCGGAGUUCCCUGAUUUUACUUUGGGCGAACAUGUCGUUUCUAGUAAGCCCGGCCAGUUCUCAUUUUCCAACCAAGGCUCCCCCACACACCCAUCGGUCCUCGGGGAUCAUGUGUCGUAUCUCCGGCGGUCCCUCCCCUUCCAUGUACUCUGGCUUCCGUGAGAGAGCAUCUGCUCUUACGUUUUCCUCUCCUGGCACAUAUCGGAUCUCGAAGGAAAACUUGGAGAACUCCUGUGCCCAUCUAAUCUGCCUCUGGUUGAGUACUUGCGCGGUCCUCCAGUAUUCCAAGUUCUUGUGAUCAGUACAAACCUGGAUCUUGUGCUGCGCCCCUAUUAACAGAUGUCUCCAUCGGCGAAACGCUGCAUAGAUCGCAAGCAGUUUGCGGUCAUACACCAUAUAGUUUUGCUCCGACUUGCUCAGCUUCCUCGAGAAAAAGGCACACAGCUUCCAUUCCUGCUUGCUCCUCCCUGGCUGCAAAAGUACCGCCCCAAUGGCUCUGUCGGACGCGUCGGUCUCUAGCCUCAUGGGUUUCUCCAGAUCAACGUGUAGGAGCUGCUCUUCCGAAGCGAACGCCUUCUUCAGUCUUUCAAAGGAUUGCUGGGCACUUUCUGUCCAGGCGAACUUCCUUUUGCUACUGAGACAAUCUGUGAUGGGCGCCGUUAAGUGGGCGAAGUUCUUGAUGAACUUCCUGUAGAAGUUGCUGAACCCUAGGAACCUCUGCACAUCCUUCCGGGUUUUGGGGGCUUUCCAUUCCAGCACUGCCUGCACCUUGCUUGGGUCCAUAGCCAGUCCCUUGUCUGACAACUUGUACCCCAGAAACUCGACCUCUCUGGUAUGAAAUUGGCAUUUUUCCAGCUUGACCCACAACUGGUGCUUCUGCAGCCUCUCUAGCACUUCCCUGACGUCUCUGACAUGUUGCUUCUCAUUGUCUGAAUAGAGUAAGACGUCGUCCAAGAAGGCUACGCAGUUCUUGUACAGCAGGGGACCCAACACGUGGUGCAUGAAUGCUUGAAAGCAGGCGGAGCCCGAUUGUAAUCCAAAUGGCAUGACCAAGUCCUCAAGAAAAUCCAUCUAUAUUUAGUUUAAAUUUCUCCUAUUACACACAUUUUUAUGCAAUUUUGCCUAAUAUAUACAUUUCGUUGCAAAGAAAUUUCUUCUAAUAGAAUUCAUUUUUAUAUUUUCACUAAUAUAUGCACUUCUCUCUCUCUCUGUGUGUGUAUACAUAUACAUACAUAUGUGUGUGUGUGUGUGUGUGUGCACGCGUAUGCAUUGUGUGUGUAUGUGUAUGCAUUUUUCUACCCAUUACUUGGUUGGCAUUGCAAAAUUCAGAGAAUCUCAAAUAAUAACUUUAUUACAAAUGUGUUGACAUUUACUGUAUUAUGCUUAUGUUUUUUUUUAAAAAGAUGCUGUGUUUGGUUUGCGUUCAGAAAGUGUGAAUUAGAUAAGCUUGCCUUUAAAUGAGAAAUUAAUCUGAUUUCUCCUACAUCCCUAUUCACAGCACAAGAAAAACACGGGAAGUUGCUGUAAAGCAGGACGGACUAUUUGUCCAUCUAGCCCAGAUAGAAUUGUGAUGGGCCGUUAGCAGUUCCCCAGGGUCUCAAGCAGGGGCCUUUCUCAUCACCUGCUACCUUAAACCUUAAACCUGCUACCUGGUACUCCCCAGAUUCCAUAUAAUGCUUAUGGCUCUCCCACCAUGAUUUAUAUAUCCUCGGUGUUGUAUUGGGAUUUGGAUCCUAUGGAAGCAGGGCCAGCCCUAUCAUUAGACACUUGUCUCUGGCAGCAGAUUUGGAGAGGAACUGGGGUGGGCUCUCCCCCGCCGGCUGUCCAAGUUCACUCUGAGUGUGCCUCCUUGCCAACUGCUUCCACCGUGCUUCAGUCCCUGUUGCCAGCGGCUGCUUGUCUUAUUUCACGUGGCAAAAUGGCUUAGGGCGACAAUGUAUGUGUGUUUGCACACAAAGGAAUUAGUCUAAGUGUGUUUGAUGGGACUGGCUUCCUGUGGCUACGUAGGAUUGUAGCCUUAGUUUUAAUUUCUGGUCUCUAGACUUGAGAAAAUUCCAGUGCCAUAGACAUUUAAACCAAAGAAUUCUGGGAACUGUAAUUUAAGGGUAUUGGGAAUUGUAGUUCUGUGAGGGGUAAACUACAUUUCCCCAGGAUUUUUUUUUUGGGGGGGGCUGUCUUUUAAAUGUGCUUUAAAUAAAAACACUGGGAGUCAUUUCUUAGUCCCUAAGCCCCUUCUCUUUAAACUCAGCUAAAUCCCCCAUUAGGUGGGAGAAGUUCAAGGGGUUCCCAGGUUACCUUGGUUACAGAACAAAUACAGCUUUCCAAUAGGUUCUUGGCAUAUAUGAAUUUUUAUAGAAACACUUCCCUCAACUUAAAUUUCAGUGUGCGGGGGGUGGAAUUUUCUGAGUGAGACAUUCCUCUGCAGUUUCUCUAAAAGGGUUGGGCUCUCUCACUUUUUCUCUCUGCCUUUCUCUUUUUUCUCUCUGAAUGCUGGUCUUAUGACCUGAUUAUGAACCCACCCCUGGAGGAACCGGUUUCUCCAGCACAAUUGAGUUACCUCAGAACAUAAUAAUGUACACUGCCAGGAAAAAAAAAAGCCUUGUGGGCACACUUGUUUGCUCCCUGAGCUGAGAGAGGAUUUGAGAGCCCUGGCCACCAACAGCAAGCUAGCUUUUUCCACAGAUUGGAGGACUGUCCAGGAAGUUGGACAGGUGCCUCAGGGAUGUAAGAUAUAGGAUAAUAUGCAAAUAGAUAGAAUCAUAGAGUUGUAGGGAGCCUUAUGGGCCAUCUAGCUUAAUCACUUGCUCGUUGCAGAAAAUUCAGAGGUAGGUGGUGGUCAAGCUGUUGCCAAGCUUCUCUUACUGUCAAUAGGUUUUAUGUGUGCAAACUGAAUUAUGGGGGACAGUGGAUGGAACCCCCCACCUGCCAUCCCUUAUCGUACUAGUUGCAGGCAAAAAAAGUGGAACUGCAUUAUGUGUCAGCUGGGUGUGGUGACAAUAAAAACUUUACGUUCAAAGGACCUUGUCCCCCUGUACAUCCCUGAAUGAGUCAUAGAACUCAGCCUCAUGGAAGCCAGUGGGGGGGAGGGGAGGGACAAAUAAGAUAUCUGAGAAGUCACAGAUGCUCUGCCAGACCCUUUUUCACCCCAUGUUGUGUUUUACUGUAUAAACUGAUGUGAUAUGCACAGACUAAAGGUAAAGGUAAAGGAACCCCUGACCAUUAGAUCCAAUCGUGACUGACUCUAGGAUUGUGGCGCUCAUCUCGCUUUAUUGGCUGAGGGAGCUGGCGUACAGCUUCUGGGUCAUGUGGCCAGCAUGACUAAGCUGCUUCUGGUGAACCAAAGCAGUGCAUGGAAACGCCAUUUACCUUCCCGCCGGAGCGGUACCUAUUUAUCUACUUGCACUUUGACGUGCUUUCGAACUGCUAGGUUGGCAGGAGCAGGGACCAAGCAAUGGGAGCUCACCCCGUUGCGGGGAUUCGAACCGCCGACCUUCCGACCGGCAAAUCCUAGGCUCUGUAGUUUAACCCACAGCGCCACCCGCGUCCCUAUGCACAGACUACUAUUAUUUUAUUAAUGGUUUUACUGAUUGUUCUGCAAACCACUUUGUGAUCAUCUGUGGUCUAUUAAUACUGGAAAGAACUAAUGCUUCUUGCUUGCCUGGAGGGAGGAAUGUGGGCAUGGAUGUAGAAAGCUCUGGUUUUUGUGCCGCUAGAAGGUAACCUACUGUACAAAGGUCACAUUGAUUGCCCUGCCUACCUAUGUCCUAAGGGGAUGCAGCCUUUGGGUUGGAAAACGUUUCUCCAACCCUGUCCUAGAGCAGGCGAGAAAGCGCGUUUCUUACAGAAGGCAGAUACAGAUGUGGAAUGCAGAUGUGUGUGAUAUCUUAGUAGGGCAUCCUAACUUAUGCAUACUGGCUUUCCAGUCAAAGUGACAAAGAUAACAGUGGACCUUCUGACCUCUCUUUCUCUUUUUAGUUGUGGCCGCUGUUCACGCCCUCUCCGUAAACACACCUCAGAAGCAAGUGCACGUGAAGAAAGGAGAUAAUAUCACCCUACCGUGUACCUAUGAAAGCUCUGUUGUUACUCCAGCUAAGGGGGACAUUGUUGCCUGGAUGAAAAUGCCAGAAGAGGUGGGCAGCCGUGGUGCAAGGCAUAUGAUACGCAUGAGUGUCUGGGAGAAAAUGGCACUCUGUUAAGAAACAGGUGCGCCAAGACACCAGAGGAGCCUCUUUGACCUCUGUCAGUGAGCAGCCUUUCAAGGGUUCCUUUGGUCUUGGCUGCAAGAGGAUGGGGCCAGAUGGUAGCCUGGAUUUUGUUUUAAUUCCAGAUCUUUAGUCUUGUGACACAUAACAUCAGGCUGUCACUUUGGCUUUGAUCCAGCACUUGACAGAGGCCGCCAGUCAAGCAUAGCAACUGGUGGCUCCAGAUGGGGGCACAUAUCCCCUAGGGCCUAUCCAGUUCAAUUCAAUGUGAGCAGGAUGAGCAGUACUGCUUCAGAUGGUUCAAAAGCAAGUCUGCCUGUGUUCAGCGGAGUUAACUCCCAACUAAAUGUCCAGUACCCCAGGUCUGUGCAUGACUACAUGGAGGCAAGUCUCACUGAAUAAGAAUAUUGUGCACUGGGAGCAUUGCCUACUAAUGUUUAAGGCUCCAAAGGAAAGGAUUUGGUUUGACUGAUUGUUUGGAGGCAAUGCAGCAGAUUGUCUUGGCCCCUAAAACAACUUUAAGCUCAAAGUUUCUGAUCAUAUCUUCCCUGCUGCUGACAACCAUGUACAUAAAAUGUAUUUCUUGAGGGUUGAGAGGUAGGGAUGGAAGGACCUGUCAAUUUCAGUUUGCUCACUUUCUCAUUUUUUCCAGUCUUAAAUUCAGUUCUCCAAAUUUUUCCAGCAGUUUGUGUUUGCUUUGUUCAUGAAAAUUCAUCAUCAUGAACAUAUAUUUGUAUGCAGCUCUUGACUAAUGUACACACUUAAAAGUGAUUUCUUCCCCUACUAUAAUGCAUUUUUUGAUAUUUUUUUUUACGACUGAAUUGCCUCAGCAGUGAGACAAUUCAGGAGAUAGGGAUAGGUUGGGUCUCCUUGUGUUUUGUUUGUUCAUUUCGUGGUUAAAAAUACUAUAGUGACAAACAAAAGAUUUGAGCCACAGUAAUUAAGUCUUUUAAACUAAUACUCUUCUCUUAUUGUUAGGCAGAAUUUAUUAACCGGUACCUUGAUGAUGGUGGAACAUGGAUUAGUGAUGCUUAUAAAGGUCGGGUGAACUUCUCUAGCAAUACAAAUAAUCAUGACAUUAGCAUCAUCCUCAGUCAGGUGAUCUUGAAUGACAAUGGUACCUAUGAAUGCUCAGUCCGUCUUCGCGAUGAUCCUCCCUUGACACAUUCAACAAUGGAACUUUUGGUCCUUGGUAAGGCAUUCUGCCCUUUGUAUACAUACCAGUCUCACACCUUAGUUCAGUAGCAGCGCACAGCAAGCAGGAAGUGCUGCUUGCAAUGAUCAGGGCGUAAUCGGAUCACUAAAACUGUGCUCCACUGCAACAUAAGGCAGCCAUGCACAUUUGUUCUAGAUGAUGCUAUCAUGUAGUGUUUGUGCCAUAGAUCACUGGUCUUCAGCUGGUGGAUCACGACCCACUAGUGGACUAUAGCCUAAUCCAAGGUGAGUCAUGAUAGGAGCACUGCCACAUGCAAAUAUAUGGUAAAAGAUUAAGAAAUGGGUCCCCAAAUGCAUGUUCAGGUUAAAAAUGGAUCCUGGUUCUGAAAAGGUUGAAGAUACCUGCCAUAGAUGAUCUUAGACUUGGUACUCAUGGCUUUUUCCCCCACCCGGAACUCACCAGAACUCAGUUCUGGCACCUCUCAGGUGGGCACCAUUGCUAUUGUAAGGGAAAAAGGGAGGCAUUCAUGGUGAGUUCUGGCACCUCUUUUUCUAUAAAAAUAACACUGUCAGUAUUCAUUACAGUGGAACCUCAGUUUUUGAUCGUCUUGGAAGCUGAACGUUUCAGCUUUUGAAUGUCAAAAACCUGAAAGUAACUGCUUCGGUUUUUGAAUGAUUUUUGGAAGCCGAACAUGCCACAUGGCUUCCGUUUUGAGUUUCCCUUUUGUAUUGAGGCUUCCGUAUUGCGUUUCAAAUGUUUCAGAAGUCGAACAGUCUCCCGGAACAGAUUAUGUUCAAAAAUUGAGGUUCCACUGUACUAAUAGAAAGAAUGGUGAUGACAACCGUAUAUUUUAACCAAGUUUUCACUCAAUGGGAAUAUGAAGAAGUGAGGAAGGUUGGAAGUUUUCUAUAGCAGAUAACACUACCUACGUGUUCUGACAGCAUUUCUCCAGGAAUUCAAAUGUCUAAUUUCAUCUUGUUGCAAACUGACCCAUGAUCAUUGGACGAAGGGCACUGUAUAAAUUCAAUAAAUAAUAAUUUUAAUAUUUCCCAUGACUUGCUAUUGAUCCUUAAAUUGAAGUAGUUGAGGUAUGAACUUGAUACCUUCUGCAGCGCAUGUGCACUUCUGCUAAGCUAUGGCCCCACCCAGUCAGUUUAUGUGCCUAAAGAAAAUUGUGAAGAUGUGCAGAUUUUGGAAUAAAACUGUAACGGGUCAGUGUUGUUUGUGAAAGUCAGCAUGCAUUACUGCUGGUGAUGGGAUCUGAAGACAGAACAUGUUUUAGGCUCUCCUCAACACAACAGCUUCCAUUCUUAUGUUGCUCAAUUUGCUCAAGUUAUUCUUUCCCCCUAUCUAGUGUCUCCAUCCAAGCCAGACUGCAAAAUUAUAGGGACCACAGAAUACGGACAAAACAUUAACUUGACCUGCAAUUCUAUCGAAGGAUUCCCCAAACCCGAAUAUUCCUGGCAAAGCUACAAUCCAGAAAACAAACAACGAGCACUCGUAGGAACAGUAAUGCCAGGUAAGCGGUGAGAUGUCGGUACUUUGUGAAAACCAGUUUUCUGUACGUAUUCAGUUUUUAAAUGCAUGCAAAUAUUUUGAGGAUUAUUAAUGUAAAAAGAGGAAUGAAAAACCAUCAUUUUAAUUUAGUCCUUAAAGUGUUUUCUAGCAAGCACAGUGUAGAUGCGAUCUUCCCUUGUCCAUUCUCAUGUUUUCCUUCUCUCACUGGUCAUCUCUGCCAUUUUCUUCAUUCCUGAUUUCAUUCAACGGCAGCAACCGUUUUAGGCACAUGUGUGUGACCGCACACAUGCACUGAACCCAGAAUUGACUCAAAAACAAAAAGGAGUGGAACAUGGUGGGGGCAAAAUGGGGUAAUUGCAGGCUUUUUCAAUGGUGCUUCAAAUAUACACAAUUUCACUUAAAUGCGUGGUGCCUUGGAACGUAACCCCCACAUAAAUUGGGAGUUUACUGUAAUAAAUUCUGGAUGCAACAAGUCAAAAGUGGCACUCUUGUGACCUUCAUUUCAGCAAGAGGCAGGCCCCUAAUUCUACCAACAGACCUUGAAAAUUAGUGCUAGCUCGAUUGCAAUGAAUCCAGAAUCAUGCUCACUGCCUGGUUCUUCUCUCACAAUGAUUAAAAUCAUUACUUCGAAAACAUACAUUAGUUAAUGUAGGGUGAACGUAGACAAUUGUUCACCAUGAGGCCAUUAACCACAGUGGGGCUUGUAAUUAAUGGGCAAUCUAGUUACUUCUCUCUCCGCCUCCUGCCAAGUGGUGAUAAGGAGGACUCUAUCAUGCUCUGGCCUCUCCAGUUCUCUGAUACACCUGUUCCAAGCUCUCCCUUGUGGCACUGACACAACCAGGUUUCCUGUAUAGCAAUUAAGAGAUCCAGACUUUUUAAGCCUACAUGGGUCAGGCUGGGUACGUGGGAGGUUGCAGCACACUCAUCUGUCUUGGAACAGAUUAUAUCACUGUUGAAAGAGAGGGCAACACUGCACUCCGCAUAUCUGUUUCCUUAACGAGAAACCACAAACAUUUGUUUGCAUUUGAUGUUGAACAGCAUUGCACAAACCUAACCCGCUCCCGUUGGGAUGCUGAUUCCAGCGCCGGUGUAGCGCUGGCUGAAGUGUCUGACGCCACUACCUUAUGAGAUGCUUUAUGCAGCCUAAUGAUGUCAGCAAGAUACUUGCUACCCUCUGUUCCCCCUUGAUCUCUGCCCCUCUUGGUUUAUUCAUCAUCAUCAUAAACUUUAUUGCACUAGCCAACUUACAAAGGAAACAAAAAGAAAGGCAACAGCAACCAUAAAAACCAUAAAAACACAAGGCACUGUGAAUACAAUGAACCACAGUCACAUCUCCUAGAAAUUAUUUGUUGCAUAUGAUGGAAAAGCAAGAGGUUCUCAGGUAGAAUGCGCCAGCUUAAAUGUCCGAAUCACCUUGACCAUUAUUUUAUCUAGUUCUUUUGUCCUGAUCUUCUUAGCUGCCAAUGCAUAUAGUGCUACUUUAUAAGUCACAAAGUUUUUGGUUUAUUAAAUGUAGCAGACUUGUUGGGUUGGGAACAUGGUUAAUGCUUCAUUGCUUGAGGGGAUGGUUCCUGCAGCCACUCAUAAUGAAGCCUCGUCCCCAUCUGUUGCUUUGGACUAACUACUGACCAGUUGCUAAUGCCCACUUUUUAGGAAAUGUGGCUGAGAGGGUUAUGAUGGGGCACUCACAGUCAUUCUUGAAUGGUGUAGAUUAUCGAGCUCUAGUCCGAGUUCAGACCUGGCCACGGACGGGACUGAAUCAGCCUUGGUCAGCCUGAUGGAUGACCAUUAUCAAGAAUGGGACAAGGGGAGUAUGACCUUGCUUCCUUUGCAAUUUAUGUGUGGCUUUUGAUACCUUUGACCCUGGAUAUCCGGCACAGUAUUACAGUAUUCUAGCCCUAUUUAUAGAGCGAAGAAUAGCAUUGGCAGAUGGUUUUUCAGCCCCUGGCAGUUAAGCCAUAGGACACUGGAGGGUGCUGUUUUAUUCCCAAUGCUAUUUCUGAUCUAUAUGAAGCCAUUAGGACUGGUCGUGAAGGAAUUUAGGACAGGAUGCUGUCAGCAAGCUGAUGGCAUUCAGCUCUAUUUCUCCAUAACAUCUAAAUCAGGUGAGGCCAUACAGGAGCUGAGCUGAUACCUGGAUGCAGUGAUGAGCUAGAUGAGGGGAAAUAAAUUGAGCCUUAUUUCUGACAGGACAGAGGCCCUAUGGAUCUAUGGUUCUGGUGCAUGAGAAACUGGCCAAUUGCCUGCUCUGAAGAGGGCUGCAUUUCUUGUGAAGGAGCAAGCCUAGGCAUGUUCCUGGAUCCAGGUUUGUCCCUGGAGGUUUAGUGGUCUUGGUAGCAAGGGGUACAUUUUACCAUUUUUAGCUGGUAUUUAUUUAUUUAUUUAUUAGAUGGUUUUUGAACCACUUAAUCAAAGAGCUAAGUGGUGUGCAAAUAAAAUUGCAAAUAAAGCUAAAACCUACAAAACAAUUGAACCAUUUUAAUUAAAUUAAAAUACGACAGCUGCCUGUUCCAUGACUGGGAUGGCCUGGCCACAGUAGUCCAGGUAUUGGUAACUUCAAGACUGGAUUACUGCAACACACUACAUAAGGCUUCCCUGGCUCCUGAUUGGGAAACUGCUCUUGGUGCUGGGUGUGGCUCUAUGAUUGGGGACCAGAAGCGAGAUCUUGUCCACAUAUUAUACUUGUCCUCAAAGGUCUGUACAGUCUACAGGUUUGUAACUUGGUCAAGUUCAAAAUUUCCCAAUUGGUACAUAAAGCCCAUAACAGCCAGCGACCAGCUUGGCUGAGGGGUCACCUUGCCCAUGUGGGCCUGUUCAGCUGCUUACACUUUUAUGUGUACCAUGUAAUGUUUGUUGUGCAUUUAUGGGGAGGUGAUGGUAGUGCACUGCUCUGGAAUUCACAGUCUAUUGACAUUUUAGGCAUCUGCUGGAGAUAUAUAUAUAUAAUUUAGCUGCCUUUGGUUUUUUUAAAAGCUUUGUUGAUCUCAUUUUGUACUCUGCUUUAGGUAGCCUACGUAUUUUUCUCAAUAGUUCUUCAGCUAGCCUUUGUGGAUGCAGAUUGCACCCCCCCAAAACAUGCUUCGUUUUGAUUGUCUAAGUAAGCCCUUAAAAUAGCUCAAGAUUUGCAAAAAAAAUGUGUGCAAAACGUGCUCAUUGUUCACCAGUUUUGCCCAUAGGUGGCACCACUACACCAGAAAAUAGAUCCUAGUCAGGCACUGUAAAUACUGACAUAAUCAGUAUUGGUUAGUUUAUUGUUUUCUUCUCAUUUUGCUUCGGAAUAAAGAUUUAACUCUGGCCCAUAUUUUUAUAUAUUAAAUUGCCAGUCAAGAAAUCUACAAAGAAAGAUCAGAAAAGUGCAACUUAAAGAGCAGGGUCCAGUUAUUGCUGCAAUUGGAGCCCGUAAUGGAGGGCGGAGGAUAGGCCUGGCAUAGUCUUGCAUGGAGCUGUAUCCAUGUUAGGACUAAUGCAAGUUGCAUGGAUAAAGUACAUAAACAUUGAAAAUUGUGGUACAGUCACAUGAAAACACGGUUUCAUGUUGUUCUGACGACCCGCCUAGUUUCUAAGUGGUGUGAAAUGUGGAACUGCUAACUCAGUCACAAGCAUUAUCAGAAAGUCAGCAUUGUGCACUAAACUGGAUACUAAUCCAGUUUAAUCUAGUGAGCUAGUCAAUCUCUUUCAUUUUAACCCAUCUCAUGGAUUGUUGCAAGAAUAAAAUUGGAGCAAUGGCCGCCUGUACUGACUGGUCCGCCAAAACAGAAUAAGGGACUGCAUUUGGGAGCACAUGGUGACAAAAGCAGUAAGCAAAACCACACGUGUGGCUUGCCUGCAUCUUCUCUGCAAUCGAUCCUUGCCAGAGCUGGGGCUCCUGGGCAAUGCUCUGGUCACUAUGAAACCACCAUCCAGGGUCCAUAAGACUCCUCACAUAAGGUGGAUUUAAAACCGCAGUAUGGCUGAAGACACUGAUUCUAUUUAAAUAAAGAUGACCCUUUGCAUCUUCUCUUUUGCAUCAGGAGUGCUUAUGCUGAAGAACAUCUCUAUAGACAACACUGGCUACUACAUCUGCCUUGCCAAAAACUCUAUCGGAGAGAGUUCAUGCAACAUCACUGUUAAUGUCACACCACGUAAGAUUGCAAUGUGCAAGGGGGGGGGGGGGAGAAAGCAUGGCUAUUGUGGUCUGAUCGGCAAAGCAUUUAAGUCCCUAAACAACCCCACGUCCCAUUUUAAGAACUAGUCUCACUUUGCUUAGUUGCAAAGCUUAGAUGUGGCUGUAGUUGAGAAUAAGCCCAAGACUUUGUGAUGACAUACGGCUCCGAUUAUGUUUCCACCCUAGGUAUUUGUUGCCUAAUAGCCAUGCUUUGUUUGCUCACUUUUUAGGGAGUGUCUAUAUAGGACCAUCACAUCAUCCCCCUAUUUCCUCUAGGCUCUUCUUUUUUGAAAACUAAAACAGCACCACAUUGGUAGAUCACCAAAACUCAAGCUAUCUAUUUUCCCUAAGAGGCCUGGUUUUGAUGUGUGUAAUAGCAUAUUGAUCAAACAAGUCUACUGUCAUUCAUCUAUACCUCACACACCUCCUUUACCAUUGAUCACUUCUCUGGUCAAAUGACAUUUUAGCCGUGUUUCUUUUAAAGUGACCCUUUAACUUGCAUCUUCCCACCCAUUUUAAAUUAUUCAAAUACUAAUACAAUAGAAUUUGAGAUAAAAUUAAUUUCAGUGAAUUAAAAAAUGAUUUUUUUAAAAGACCGGCUUUCUCUAUCAGUGCCAUUUCAUCAGCAUGUUUAUUAGACAAAAGGCAAGUUACUUCCUGUUUAUUCUGCUUUUAAGUAGAGCAGUCAUUUUUCUGAGAAAAUUUCUUUAAAAUUUUCGCUCACCCCCUAGAAAAGCCCCCCCUUUGCAUUUCCCCCCAGACUAUUCUCCCCCAUUAUUGUUGUUCUUGGUGGCAGCUGCCAUUUCCAACGUGCUGAAACACCCCCUCCCCCAAUUAAGUAGUAAACUACCCUACUGCCAGUGAACCACUGUGAAACUGUUUGGUAAUUUUCCUUGGGGUGUGUGGAGUUUUGAGUGACCAUUUUCACAAAACUCUGUUAUUCAUUUGACCCCAACAGCAGCUAGAGGGACAGAGUUUCCCUAAUCCUGUUCUACAGAAACCAUCUAAUUCAACCUAGAUGAGCCCCCUUCCUGGCUUGUCAUUCACAAGUUGCUCGUUUGUCAUAUUAUAUUUAGCCAGAGCCACCCUCAGGCUAGAGGGAGAACAGUAGUAAGAGCUCUUCCCCAAAGGAAGAGUUUGCUUCUCAACUAUGAGGUGACUAAUGCUAGUAUUUUCUUCUACAGCAUCCAUGAAUUUUGCCCUACUUGGUGGAGUCGUUGGUGGGCUUGUUGCUGUUGUCAUUAUUAUUGCCAUUGUGGCUUACUGUUGUUGCUGCAGGAAUGGGAAGGAAAAAGACUAUGAGAUGACGUGAGUGCCUUUCAUUAGAAGGUGGGGGGUGGGGUGGAAUAAAAGUAGCAUGGAGAAAUUACAUACUGCAUGCACCUCUGAGGCAGCCAUCUCUCUCUACCCCCCUACAAUGUCCCUGUUACUGCUACUUCUAAUAGCUUUGUACUCAACACUUCCCCAACAAGCACAGCAACUGCUGAGCUUUCUAGCUGCUAGCAGCAGGCAGAAAUGGUUUAAACCAGAGCUUUCCAAACUUUUCAAGUUGGUGACGCACUUUCUGGACAUGCAUCAUUUUGUGACACAGUAAUUCAUUUUACUAACAAACCGGAGGUUGAACUAACCCCUUUCAGCCCCAGGAGGAGUGUGGGGAACAUUUGUGUGACACACCUACACGCUGCAGCCGACACAUUAAUAUGUUGUGACGCACAGCUUGAAAAGCUCUGGUUUAAACAAAAGAAUGAGGAAAGGCUUUGGACCCCUUGGUAAAUAGUUCCAAAGCAGUUUCAAUCUGCAGAUUUUUGGGGGGUGUGACUUUCCCUUUAAAAAUUCAUACAUACUUGAUGGGAGUGGAAUUGCUGAUCUACUUGUGUGCAAGAAAAAUGGAUCAGCUCAAGAUGUCCAUUCCUACCUGCUACCAGGGAGGUGUUUAAAACACACUUUCUUUUGAUCCACCAACUAUAACAUUGAGGGUAGCUACAUAAACAAUUAGGUUUAAAUGCAUGUGGCUUUACCAUUUCUUCGUGAAUUCCUGCUUCAUAACAGCAAGCCCCAACUUUAUAUUACCAAUUUUGAAAUUAUGCUGUGAAAAUGUUGCAAAUGGAGAUUUAUACCAUAUGAAUUCUCCAAAUGGAGGUUAUUCCUGUGAGAUUAGGCAAUCGUGAGAGUAAAUAAAAUAAAGCUGACUCGGAAACCACACAAGGAUAUUUUGAGAUUGACCAGAAAUAGAUUUGUAGCACGACUUAAUGUUAAAGUGUCUAGCAUUUACAUCGUGAUAGUCCUCUUUUUAGUAUGCAUAACAAACAACAUAUGUGAGGGGGCUCUGGAAAGCUUAAGCAAAUGGAAAUUUACCCAGUAGGUCAGAGACACCUCUUUGCCAAACUAAAUUAUUAAACAACUGUCUCUGAAGUUAAGUUGUUAACAAGAACCAAUUCACUCCUCACUUUCAGGUUUGUUCAUGAAUUACUGUUUUUACAUACAUGGGCAAAGCAUAACAUGAUGGUGGUAGCACACAGAUCUCCACAGGGAGACUCAUGAAACCUCAAAAGCCAUGGGGCCGAGUAGUAAUUUCCUAGCAUUACUUUCUAGUAGCAAUUCCAGAGGUAGGAACAGAACAACUCUAAUAUGGUACCUGCAACUCCCACUUCCUUGGGCCCCUCCAGAAGGAUGCCAUGAUCGACAGUGUCAAAAGCCACUGAGAGAUCAAGGAGAACCAACCGGCUUGCACUCCCCAUCUCUUUCCUAUAAUACUGAGUCAUCAGUUAAAAUUAAGAAAUACAGAUAACUGAAAAUCUAUCUUCUUCUGCACCAAAUUAUUAGGGAGACAGAAAAUGGCGAUCAUCCACCUGAGGUAAAAAUACGGGGACCUGCUGAAGAGGAGAUUCAGGACGAGGAGGAAGAAGAGGAAGACAGGCACCACCCAGUACGGCCACCCAUUUCCAGAGUGUCUCCGGAGGUUUAAGAAGCUGUGGCCCAGAGAUGAGCAUUUCCAUUUGAGGGGGGGAAAGACUGUCGUUAAACAUUUCUCUUUCACCUUAACUCAUGUGGCUUUCCAAGACAGUAUAGGCAGCAAGUUUGUGGAGGCAAAAUCUUGACUUGUUUCCUCAUAUGCAUUUGGUGCAUAUCUACUCCUUUCCCAUUCGCCCAUCAGAGUCGCCUUAAAAUGGAAAAGGAAGGGGGACUCCAGGACAACCAUUAUAUUGUCAAAUUGACAUAUAUACUCGAUUCAAGUUUUCACGUGGUGCGAUUUGAAUUACAGUGAACUGACACUAUCCAGUAUAUAGGAAAACAGUGGUAUCUUUUAUUUCACUUUUCACUAAGUAGGCCACUGCGAUGCAAGAAAAAAAGAAACCUAGAGCCUUUAGACGAGCAGUUUAAGACACUAGCUGUUACUUAUUUGUUGUGCAGCAUCUACAUAACACCCACUAUAACUGUGUUGCUAUUAUCGGAACAUUAUAGUUUCCUCAAUAUUCAAACCAGAAACUGCUAAUUCCCGUCAGUGCAUUAUUGUUUCUGCUCUAUGGAGUUUGAUACGACUGUCAUGCACAUUUCUUGGACAAUGCAUACACAUGCCCCAUCUCAAUUAUUUUAUUGUAAAAUGGCUCUGCACUCUUGAUGUCUAACAAAAGCAGUCAUCCCACAUGUUAGGAAAGGAUCAGACUUUCCCUGAUUUUGGAAUGUAUUUUAAAAAAUAUAUAAAUUUCUUGCUACAAGCACUGUCACUGCUGGUGCAAUUAUACUGCUAACGAGUUUUUUAAAAAUAAAAAAAUCACCUGGGGGGAAUUAAUUUUCAGCUGCUUGGAAAAUCUUCAGUACAUGUGUUAUUAAUGAUGCAUUUUCUUUGAAAUUUGCUGUUUUUGAACUUGCAUUUUUUUUAAAAAAAUAAAGUGACACUUCACCACU